GUGAGUGCCUGAGUGCCGGCUGGAGUGUGGAGGAGCCGUCCGGAGUGAGUGCCUGGGGCAGGUGGCGUGUCAGCGGACAAAAAGGGGGGGCUGACGCCUGGAAAUUACCCUGAAGGUGGAGCACUGCCACCUUCCCCCAGCUCCCUUGGUCCCACCCUCUCCAGGCCUUCUUGCCUUGGACUCCGCCCCGCCCCUGCCUGGCAUCCACCUCUUCAGCUCCCACCUGGGUGCGAUUGAGUUAAAUGGCUGAUAAGCAGAUCAGCCUGCCAGCCAAGCUCAUCAAUGGCGGCAUCGCCGGGCUGAUCGGGGUCACCUGUGUGUUCCCCAUCGACCUGGCCAAGACCAGGCUGCAGAACCAGCAGAAUGGCCAGCGCAUGUACACGAGCAUGUCCGACUGCCUCAUCAAGACCAUCCGCUCCGAGGGCUACUUCGGCAUGUACCGCGGAGCCGCUGUGAACUUGACCCUUGUCACCCCCGAGAAGGCCAUCAAGCUGGCAGCCAACGACUUCUUCCGACAUCAGCUCUCUAAGGACGGGCAGAAGCUGACCCUGCUUAAAGAGAUGCUGGCGGGUUGCGGGGCUGGCACCUGCCAGGUGAUCGUGACCACGCCCAUGGAGAUGCUGAAGAUCCAGCUGCAGGAUGCAGGGCGCAUCGCUGCCCAGAGGAAGAUUCUGGCUGCCCGGGGCCAGCUCUCGGCCCAGGGGGGUGCCCAGCCCUCAGUGGAGGCUCCAGCUGCCCGUCGGCCCACGGCCACCCAGCUGACCAGAGACCUGCUUCGGAGCCGCGGCAUUGCUGGUCUCUACAAGGGACUCGGGGCCACGCUGCUCAGGGACGUCCCCUUCUCCAUGGUCUACUUUCCGCUCUUUGCCAACCUGAACCAGCUGGGCCGCCCGGCGUCUGAGGAGAAGUCGCCCUUCUAUGUGUCCUUCUUGGCCGGCUGUGUGGCCGGGAGUGCAGCUGCUGUGGCCGUCAACCCCUGUGACGUGGUGAAGACGCGGCUCCAGUCGCUUCAGCGGGGGGUCAACGAGGACACCUACACCGGGUUCCUGGACUGUGCCAGGAAGAUCCUGCGGCAUGAGGGCCCCUCGGCCUUCCUGAAGGGCGCCUACUGCCGUGCGCUGGUCAUCGCACCCCUCUUUGGCAUCGCACAGGUGGUCUACUUCCUGGGCAUCGCAGAGUCCCUGCUGGGGCUGCUGCAGGCCCCCCAGGCCUGAGCCAGCGCCUGCUCCACCCCAGCCAGCCGGGCAGGGCCAGUGUGGGGCCGGAGCCAGGCAGCCAGUGCAGGCCAGAGCAAGGGAAGACCUCUCCCCAGCCCUCCCCGUCGGCAGGGGCAGCAGGGGGUGGGGUGCAGGGUCCAUGUGGGUGCUGCCCACACCAUUGGGAUCAAUGUCUUAUUUAUGUAGAAAAUGCAGAAAUCUUUACAUUCCUCAAUCUAGCCCCUGCCCCAAUCCUGCCCUGGCCUGAACACCCCCAGGGACAGAGCUGGUCUCUGGGCUGGGGGCUCCAGGCCUGGGCUGGACAGGCUGGACCAUACCGGCUCCAGUCUCCACAGCCGUCCUGGUCCACACAGGGACCCUGCACAAACCUAUUUAUUGAACCUGCUGGGACCAAGGGACUCUCCAGCCCUUCCGUCCUUCCCCAGCUACUCCUGUCGCCUUGGCAGGGCCUGACUCUGCCUCCCUGGCCCGACUUGCAAGAGGACUGGGGUCCAAGACCCUCCAUGUUGAGCUAGGAAUCCCAAACGAGGGUUGCCCUGGGGUGUGACUCUCAGGGCAAGCUCUCUACCCACUAUGGGACUUUCUGGUGAGCUCCUUGGCUCCCACCCCAGGCUGGGGCCCAGACUGUGAGGUCUGUGUGUGUGCGUGUGUGUGUGUGCGUGCGUGCGUGUGCGUGCGUGUGGUGGGGAGCUGGCCUGGCCCUUGGGUAUGGGGCUGCCAGGGGCUGCCCUCCUUCCUGCCCAGACAUUCUGUGUGCUGUGUGUGCCCCAGGCUCUGUUGACCCCGUCCAGAAACGAACUUACCCAGCCUGGCCUCUCUUCUGAGUCCUCCACCCUGGCCUGGGAUUGGCCAGGUAGCAGGGCAGGCAUGGGGAGCAGUGUGGAGCCUGAGGGGGGCUGUCCUGCUCAGGAGGGAGGGCCGCCCCCAAGUCCCCUCCGGGCCCACCUUUCUCUCUGGGCUUCUGUAUAAGGAAGGCCCUUGACGACACUCCAGAAGCCCCGUCCUCCCACCCGGCCCAUCCUUAUUGUGAGCUGAAGCUCUCCCUGCCCCACCCCGGCCAUGUGAUCGUGCUGGUGCUGUGUCCCCCAAACCGGGGCCCUCCUCGGAGGCCCCUUCCCAGCGACACUACUUGGGGCCCAGGCCCAGGCCCCCCAGUUCACGGUUGUUCCUGGGAGCUGCCCCUCCCGUCACCUCUGAACCUUGGAAGCCGCUGCUGCUGCUUACAGAAUUAUAUUUUUUUCUUUUGAAGAGUUUUAAGAAGCUGUAACUUUUUGUGUCUUGUCUUGUCAGAGGAUAAAUAAAUAUUCUAAGUAGA